UCUUUCUUUUUUAACACCGGUUUUGGUUUUUAAAACAAACGAUUUCCUCUCAUAUAUAUUCUCUUAUUAGAAAACCCUAAAAUCAACUUUCCUCUCCUCUUUCAAACUUGGAAAGAUCGGUGUGAAGGUUUUUGAAUCGAUUGGUAUGCAUAUAGACGUAGAAAGCAAUGAGGCAAAUGCAUGUGAUAUCAGUCACUUCGAUGCUGAUGCCCUUUUGCCACCUCGAAAGCGGCUUCUGGCAGGAUUGAAGAGACGGAAUUCUGAUCUUAACUGCCACACCCCAUCCGCUUCUUGUAAUGCUCGGAAUGUAUAUGAUGAUCGCCUUAAUAAUGUAUUGCGAUCCAACAUGGAUAACCCUAAUCUUUCCAAUGAGGAGCUUGUUGAAGCCUCCAGAUUGGCUGCUAUAAAAGCAACAAAGGCUGCAGAGGCUGCAAGAGCUAUUGCUGAAGAGAAGGCUGCUAAAGCAGCAAAGGCAGUGGCUGCUGCCAAGAGUGCUUUGGAACUUGUUGCUUCUCUUUCAGAUGAGAGUGCUAACAAAGAAAAAUAUCUGAAAAAGAACAAGAUGAAGAAGCAUGUCCCUGUUCAAACAUUGUACAAUAAGCACAGAGGAAUUUCAAGUUGCAAAAAAGAUGAAGAAUUAGCUCGGAAGUUGCACAGUGCAAUCAACAGCUCCCCAAGAAUCUCCAAGAACUUCCCAUCUUCUGAUUUGAAGAAUCAUAAACAUAAGAGGUUAAAGAGCUCUGCUUCUGAAAGAACUUGUGUUGACAGUGGAGGUUCAGCCUGUGAAAGGAAUCAAUCUUCCAUGAGCAAUGGGAAUGGGUCAGUAGGAAAAAUACACACUGAAGGUCUAGUAAAGGAGGUAGACAAGAUUAUGGUAGAUCUGAAUACAUCAAAAUUCAACAAUGAUGACCAACCAAAGUUGGAAAAUGGAGAAGGAUCACAAUAUAAAUAUGAUAAAGCUGAGCGACUGAAGUUGGAAAAUGAGGUAACUGGAACACUUAACUCAAAGGAGAAUUUUUUGGAAUCAUUGGAUAGUUUUGGUAAAAAAAGAGGAAGGAUUAAGCAAAAAAAGUUGCCCUUGAGCAUUUGUAGUUUCAGAGAUCAAACAAGCCUCAAAGUGGAUCUGAAAUCUAAACCCAUCUUAGAGACACAAGAAAAUGCACGCAAAGCUGCGGCAGGCAAUAAGCCACCAUUUACUGUAGGGUCUUCUGGUGGUAGUUUGAUGCCUGUUGAGAGGACUUCCAUGUGGAAGUGCCAAGCGUUCAAGACGCCUGGUUGCGUUAAACAAAAUAAAGUCAUGCAGUCGUAGUAGUGUUCAUAGUUUUACUUGAAAAUAUGUGACGUUAUAAUGAUAGGAGUCAAUGGCCAAGGUAGUUCUCAUUUAUGCGUUUCUCUUUUGAUAAGGCCUUUUUUUGUUCCUGUUUUUUAUUUUUUUGUUCCUGUUUUUUAUUUUAUUUUAUUUUUUGCUUGAUGCUGGUGGCACUGUAAUGAUAUUGGACCUGCUUAAUUGUAUAUUGAUCUGUUUAAUUGCUUCAAUUUAUUUGGAUG